AUUGCAAGACUGCGGGUUGCGGGGGCGUUUUUAUUAAAGAAAAAUGCCAUUAAUUAGUCAAAUGUACAUAUCCAAAUGCACCGACAUCCAGCAAUAAGCAGUGUAUCAUGCCGCCGCAUCGUGGCCACAGUCAAACGCAAAGAAAUAGCAACGCACACAACCUGUACGACACCACGCGAAGGAGGAGCAACAGCAGCCGCAGGAGGCGACUUCAGUAGUCAUGGAGCAAUCGGUGUCCGCACGCUGGCUGCGACGAUAUCGGCCGGUUUUGAUCAUCCUAGUCCUCAUCUUUGGCAUCCAACUGUUCCUGGCCUACAAGUCGGUGGACAUUGGUGGUGGCAGCGGCUCCGGACUGGACGUGGACGCCGCCCAGCGCUCGCAGCGUGAUCUGGCCUCGAAUCCGGUGAUAGCGGAGCCGCCAGAGAGCCUCCCCCGUCCUGCCAGGCUAACCGCCAAUCAACUGGGCUUUCAGCCCGAAUGUGAUAUCCAAGCCAAGGAAGCAAUAUCGGCGCUGCAGCGCGCCAAAACGAAAGACUGCCGCCAACAUAUCGCACAGAUCGCCUGUUCCAUACAGGCGGGUCGCUUCUAUGCCAUCCAGCUGAAGAGCAGCUGCCCGUCGGGCAACCACACAGCCAACGUGUCCCUCGGCUGUUAUCGCGACGAGAAGGAUCGCCGCCUGCUCGGCGGCUACUACACCAGCUUCAAGAACUCCAAUUCUCCCAAUCUCUGCCUGGAGCUUUGCCUGCAGAGCGGCUAUCCCUAUGCCGGUGUGCAGUAUGGUCGCGAGUGCUUCUGCGGCUUCGAUACUCCGCCCAAGGCCGCCAAGCUGCCGGACUCCAGUUGCAACAUCAAAUGUCUGGGCAAUGCCAGAGAGAUCUGCGGAGGCUUCUAUGCGAUGAACAUCUACGAAACGGGCAUUGCCAAAUUCACUGCCCAACUGGCGGCGAGCACCCCACCGACGGGGGCCAAGCGCGUGCGGAUUGCAUUUCUGCUGACUAUCAAUGGCAGGGCGCUGCGUCAGGUGCAUCGACUGCUGAAAGCCCUGUAUGCACCCGAGCAUGUCUACUACAUACAUGUGGACGAGCGACAAGAUUAUCUGUACCGCAAACUGCUAGAGCUGGAACAGAAGUUCCCCAACAUCCGCCUGGCCCGCAAACGCUUCUCCACCAUCUGGGGCGGGGCCUCGCUCUUGACCAUGCUGCUCCAGUGCAUGGAGGAUCUGCUCAAGUCCAAGUGGCAAUGGGAUUUCGUUAUAAACCUAAGCGAGAGCGAUUUCCCCGUAAAGACGCUGGACAAACUGGUCGAUUUCUUGAGUGCCAAUCGGGGCAGGAACUUUGUGAAGGGCCAUGGCCGGGAGACGCAAAAGUUCAUCCAGAAGCAGGGACUGGACAGGACCUUUGUGGAGUGUGACACGCACAUGUGGAGGAUCGGAGACCGCAAGCUGCCCGCCGGCAUUCAGGUGGACGGGGGAAGCGAUUGGGUGGCCCUCUCGCGGCCCUUUGUGGCCUAUGUGACGCAUCCCAAGAAGGAGGAUGAGCUGUUGCAAGCGCUACUUAAGCUAUUCAGACACACGCUGCUCCCAGCGGAAUCGUUCUUCCACACGGUCCUGCGGAACACCCACCACUGCCACACGUAUGUGGACAACAACCUCCAUGUGACCAACUGGAAGCGGAAGCAAGGAUGCAAGUGCCAGUACAAGCACGUGGUUGACUGGUGCGGCUGCAGCCCCAACGACUUCAUGCCAGACGACUGGCCCCGGCUGCUGGCCACGGAACAGAAAUCGCUGUUCUUUGCCCGCAAAUUCGAGCCGAUUAUCAACCAGGCAGUGCUCCUGCAGCUGGAGGAGUGGCUGUAUGGGCCCUAUACCAGCGAAUAUCUGAACCUCCAUGGGUACUGGCAGUCGCUCUACCAUCACGAGGAUGUGCACGGAUCUGCGGAUGACCUCGCCAGAUCUGUGGGCGACAGCCUAAUGCGCCUGGCUGGCGGUCAGGCCAGGGUCGAUCCUCUGGAGUUACUGGAGCUCACGCACUACCUCCACCGGGAUCAGUACAAGGGAUUCCUAGUGCGGUUUAGUGCCAGGAGGGCCACCGGGCAGGAUGUGCAAUUGGAGACGCGAGUACGACCCGUUCAGCACGGAAAGCUGGCGCGGAAUGCUCGCUUCAGCAAGAGAUUACGCAACUUCGAGGUCUCCACGGACUUCGACCAGAAGGAGCAGGUGGCGCGCAACUUUGGGAAGCUAUUGGGGCCACAGAGUGACUUGGUUCUCAGCUACACGUACCAGGGAUCGACGGACUCCGGGGCUGCCUCACACUCGUACAACCUCACGCUGCUGUGGAUCGAUCCCCUGGGUCGCCUGCAGGACUUCAACGAGCUGCAUGUGGAGGACUCGUCCACCGAUUUAAUCAACCACUCAAAAACUCUGCUCAGUCAUCCCAUCACACCUGGUGUAUGGACAGCGAAGCUGAUUGGACGCAGCUCCAUCUAUGCGCAGCUCAAGUUCCUGAUUUCCCCCAUGGCCUAUGGGAAUGGUGAGCCCCUGGAGACGACCCCAGAGGCGGAGAAGCGGAACGGUGGCCUGGGCAUAGCCCUGCCGGACGACUUUGAGCUACCAGUGGAGUGGCAGCAGCAUCUUCACACCGACGACGAGCAGUUCUCCCUGCGCGAGGAGGCCUUGGCCAACGGAAAACUCACCGGUCCGCCGCUGCACAGGUGGAUUGACGAUCUGGUGGGUAAAUUCUUUCAGCUCAGGGAAAGCUGUGUGGUGGAUGCUGGCACAGAACUGUCGCUGCCACUCUGCAGUGACGUCCCCUGGAGCUCGCUGGCCCCCGAUCCCAAGAGCGACGUGGAUGCCCUACUCAAAUGAGGGAAAAGCUCUACUCUUAUUAGGUCCAUUGUAUUGCCAUUAAUCCAUUUUGUUGUUAUUAAUUUUCUAGUGUAAAUACCUUUUCAUGUCUCUGGGUGUGUAUAUCUCAAAGUGCAAGAAUCUACAGAUUCAGAUUCAAAACUCAAAGAAUUACUCAAUUUUUAUGCUCAAUGCACCACCAGUAGGGUUUUUUUUUCGUAGUUUGUGAUAAAUGUGUAAACUUGAAACUAAUCGCCAUCUUGACUCGGACACUCGGCUUGGGGGAAGCAGCAACAGCAACCCCUUCCAAGUGCAGAUCCACCUCUUUGUUUUUGCUUUUUAGAGCAUUUUGCAAUAUUAAAUAGCCAUUAGAUUAAGUUAAUGACGAAACAAGGUCGACGUCCGUCGCCUGCUUUGUGAAUAUGCCGCAGCGCACCGGACAGAACAGGACAGAGACACUCUUCCCCAUCCAUUCCACUCGCAGAGUGGGGAGCUUGCAACCAAAAAUUCGA